AUGCCUUCAACAGCUGCAUCUCCUGAACCCUCGACCUUAGAAGGAGAGUCCCAUGGCAGAUAUCAGCUCAUCCUACUUGGAGAUCUGACAACAAAUGGAUUCUACGGAGAUCUACGGUUUUUGUUACACGUGAAGACAGACGCACUACUGGUCUCAUUCUUUGAACGAACUGGUUUUGCGCUUAGGAGGCUCAUAGGCGCUCUGCCAGCCUUGCAACAAAAUUUGUUCCCUCGAUUUACGACACUCAUUGAUCUCGUUGCAAAAGUCGGAGAGACUGAAGGAACGCCAAUAUUGAGAUUCUUCCUAUUGAGCGUACAUCAAGUCGCGCAAUUCAUUGUGUAUGCUGACGAGAACAGGCGUUAUGGUAGGGGAGGCGAGCCCUACCCUUCAGCUCAGACGACAUGUGUUGUCGGCCCUUGCGCCGGUGGAUUUGCGGCGGCAGCCAUUUGCAGCUCGCAAACCCUCACAGAACUGAUCCCUGCGGCCGUUGAGUCGGUCCUUGCUGCAUUCAGAACAGCACACCUUGCGUAUAUGGUCGGCCAGGACUUAUCUUCCCCACAAGACUCGUCGCUCAACAAGGCAUGGUCCGCAGUUGUCAGUCCCAAGAGCAAGGCAAAUAUCAGUGAAAUUCUUCAGGGUUAUCAAAACAAAAAGAUCCAUAUCAGUGCUACGAUGCCGAAUAACAGAUUGACCUUGACAGGACCACCGCACAUACUGGACGAUUUUCUCCAACAGCAUCAGAGCUGUCUCAAAUACAGAUAUUUGGACAUCUUUUCACCAUUCCAUGCUGCUCAUCUUUUCGACGCCUCCGUCCCAGAAAAGAUUGUGGGCCACAUCAGUAAUGAGCUGGUGGCAGACAGAAUCCCCGACGUAGGGCUUCUAUCAGGCUCGACAGGCAAGGUCGCAAAUGCCCCCAACUUCAGGGCUCUCCUCCAAGCUACAAUUACGGAUGUUUUACGAGAGCCAGUGCAGUGGGACUCAAUUCUUUCCGCAGUCCAAGAGUUCUGGACUGAUCACUCCAUGGACCAAUGCACAGUCAUUCCCUUCUCAAGCAAUUCUGCAUCGAUGGUCUGUGAACAAAUUAGCAAGGCAGGCCCAAUCCAGGUCUCCGUUGAGGACGUUGCUGGUGACAUCAGACGAAGUCUGCGCGCGGCUGACACUUCCAACAUUCCAACCGGACGAUUCGUGGAUUCCAAGAUAGCAAUCAUUGGGUUUUCUGGACGAUUCCCGUCAGCGGACUCAAAUGAGGCAUUUUGGGACCUCCUGCGGGCUGGCCGCGACGUUCAUAGAGACAUUCCCUCAGAUCGAUUUGACUGGAAAGCACAUUACGACAUGACCGGGAAGACCAAGAAUACCAGUAGAAUUAGGUACGGGUGUUUCAUUGACGACCCUGGGAAUUUUGAUGCACGCUUCUUCAAUAUGUCACCUCGCGAGGCGGAAAAUACAGACCCAGCACAGAGACUUGCUAUAACGACCACGUACGAGGCGAUGGAAAUGGCCGGGAUGGUACGCAAUCGGACCCCUAGUACGCAGCAAGACCGUAUAGGGGUUUUCUUUGGCACCACCAGCGAUGCUGACACGAAGAAGAUUGGCGCGAGGUCAAUAGCGGCCAAGACGUGGACACCUAUUUCAUCCCUGGAGGAAAUCGAGCUUUUGUUCCCGGUCGAAUCAGGUGGAACCAAUGUCCUCACUAACCCAGAUAAUUUCGCUGGUCUGGACCGCGGCCACUUUCUGUCCACAACAGGGAACUGCAACGCUUUCGACGACGGUGCCAAUGGGUACUGUCGUGCUGAUGCUGUUGGGUCUGUCAUCCUAAAGCGCUUGGAAGAUGCGGAAGCCGACAAUGACCCUAUAUUUGGAGUUAUUGUUGGCUCAACCACGAAUCAUUGUGGUCAGACAGACAGCAUUACAAGACCCCAUGAGGGUGACCAGUGCAGUGUUUUCAAACGGAUAAUGCGAUACACCAAUUAUGAUCCGCUCGAUGUUGGCUAUAUCGAAAUGCACGGAACCGGUACCCAGGCAGGAGACGCAACGGAGAUGAGGUCGGUUCUCUCGGUCUUUGCCUCCAACCACAGGCGGAGUCAGGCACCUGCCCGCCCAUUGUAUCUUGGGUCUGCCAAGGCCAAUAUUGGGCAUGCCGAAUCUGCCUCAGGUGUUUCUUCUCUCAUCAAAGUUCUGAUGAUGAUGAAGCACAAUGAGAUACCUCCUCAUUGUGGCAUAAAAAGCCGCAUUAAUCAUUCCUACCCACUGGACUUGGUGGAGAGAGGCGUCAACAUUGCGUCUCAGCCGACACCCUGGCGACGGGAGGACACCUCCGCAGGAAAGCGUGCCUGCUUUCUGAACAAUUUCAGCGCCGCCGGCGGGAACACGGCGGUGCUGUUGGAGGAUGCUCCAACAGAAAGACGGAACUACGGAAACCAAGCGUCUGCGGACCCACGUCCUGUUCACUUGGUCAGUUGCACGGGCAGGUCAGCAAAGUCCUUGCUUGACAACGCCAGAGCUCUUGUCUCGUGGCUGCAGAACAACCCGAUCACAAGCUUAGAUCUACCAGCGGUCUCGUACACCACCACCGCUAGAAGAAUGCACCACAACUAUCGUACCAUUGUAUCUGGUUCAUCUCUUGAGGCCAUAUUGGCCGCUCUUAACUCCAAGAUUACGCAACUAGAAUCAGUGUCGCCAAAGCAGGUACCGCAACCUGCUAAUACCCCAAAGAUUGUGUUCACCUUCACAGGCCAGGGGGGGAUUUAUGCAUCGAUGGGCAAAGUACUGUUCGACUGCAACAGCAAAUUUAGGGAGAGCAUAACGCGAUUUGAUCACCUAGCACAAGUUCACGGGUUUCCCUCAUUUGUCGGGUUGAUUGACGGGUCUCACACCGCUGAUGCUCAAGAGGCUAGUCCUGCAACCCAACAACUGGCCAUGGCUUGCCUUCAAAUGGCGCUCACAGAACUUUUGGGAACCUGGGGUGUGAAACCAUCUGCAGUAAUUGGGCACAGCCUGGGCGAAUAUGCUGGACUACAUGCAGCAGGCGUGCUCUCUGCCCCAGAUGUUAUCUAUCUAGUUGGCACCCGCGCAACUUUGCUCGAAAAGCACUGCAGGCAAGGAACUCAUGCGAUGCUCGCGGUGAAAGCCCCGAUGGACAUCGUCAACGGCCUCCUGUCGCACUCGGGAUGCGGAUACCUCGAGCGUCGGGCCAAGGCUAUGAAUAUCGAUACCCGCAGACUGGAUGUCCCUUACGCAUUCCAUUCUGCCCAAGUUGAUCCCAUCUUGGACGAAUUUCUCAGACUAUCAUCACAAGCCGUUGUCUACAACCCGCCAAACGUUCCAGUUCUUUCGCCUCUGAUGGCUCGGACGGUUUCUCCCGGAGACAAGGGCCAGCUCGAUGGCAAAUAUCUCACACGAGCGUGUAGAAAUCCGGUCGUCUUCUUCGCAGCUGUCGAGGCGGCCAUGCGAGCCGGUGUGGUGGAUCGGAAGACAAUCUGGCUUGAGGUAGGGCCAAAUCCAGUGUGCGGCAACAUGAUCAAAGGGACACUGGGAUCAGACACGGCAACUCUUUCCACACUUCGAAGGUCUCCUGAUGGUUUUAGUCCUUUGGCUGCGAUGCUCGAAUCCCUCUACCUAUCAGGAUCAGAAAUUGACUGGAAUGAGUAUCACCGCGAAUAUACAAAUUCGCAGCGCGUCGUUGACCUACCAAGAUAUGCCUGGGAUUUGAAGAGGUAUUGGAUCGACUACAGGAACAACUUUUGUCUCUCAAAGGGAGAGAACCCGGAUAAUGCGAUUCCCUCAAACAGCACGUCCCUCAAGCAAGUCCAACAGUACAAGUUCAUUUCGCCAGCGGUGCAGAGGGUCAUCGAAGAAAAGCAUGGCACUGAGGAAUCAAAGGUCGUUAUCGAGUCCGACGUAUUUGACAGAAGGCUGUUGCCAGUCUUGCAAGGCCAUCUAGUUAACGGUGCUGCACUGUGCCCUUCCUCACUUUACGCUGAUAUCGCACUCACCAUCGCUCAUUAUAUGGUUGGUGAAGCUGGCCAUGCUGCCGAACCUAUUGGAUUUGAUGUGUCCAGCAUGAGAGUUGAAGCACCUCUCAUUGCGUUACCCAACGAAAAGACCCAUGUCUUCCGUAUCUCCGCUCAAGCAGACUGGCGGCUGAAUCAAAUCAACAUGACACUUGGGAGUGUGAACGAGACAGGCAGGAUCACAAGACUACACGCCACUUGCGUUGUUCUUGUUACUUCAAACCAGACGUGGUUGGAUGACUGGAAGCGUCUCGGGUACCUUGUGCAGUCUCGGGUGGAUUCACUUUCCAAAGGGGUUGUUGAGGGCAACUGCCAUCACAUCAAACGAGGCAUGGCCUACAAGCUUUUUGGUGCACUAGUGGACUAUGGUAAAGAGUACCAAGGCAUGAAAGAUGUCAUAAUGGACAGUGAUCAACUUGAGGCCGUAUCUACAGUCGAGUUUCAGGUCGGUUCUGAUGGAUUUUACUUGAACCCGCGCUGGAUCGACAGCCUUGGACACAUUGCCGGCUUCAUCAUGAACGCCAAUGACAAAUUGUCCAGCAAAUCAACCGUAUUCGUUAAUCAUGGGUGGGAUCACAUGCGAAUCUCGGAUUCAUUGGAACCCGGCAAGACAUAUCGUGCAUACAACCGCAUGCAUUUGAUCGAGAAGACCUUGUACACUGGUGACACAUAUAUCUUUGACGGGGUCCAACUCAUAGCCGUCUUCGAAGGUGUAACGUUUCAAGGCGUUCCUAGGCAGUCACUGGACCAUCUAUUACCGAAUCGAGCCGCUGCCAAUGCUCCCAUCCUCAAGAUCAACCCCCAAGCGACCAAUGUCUCCGCGAAAGUAGGGCCCCCUGCAAGCGGAACUUUGGAGUCUCAUAUGGAUGACCUCGAUGCAAAUGAAAAUUCUAAAGCGGAAAGAGAGGAGACCCCAAAUGGUGACUAUACAACAUCGGCCCCAUCUACUAAAAUAAUGGACCGUAUUCUGGCCAUCAUCGGCGAGGAGGUCGGUAUUUCGCCGUCCGAUCUCACCACCGAGACCGAAUUUUCCGAAAUUGGCAUUGACUCUUUACUCUCUUUGACGAUGACUUCAAGAAUCCAGGAAGAGCUGGAACUCGAGCUCGCAUCCUCGGUAUUUGUCGACAAUCCCACUAUAGGAGCUCUCCAAAGUCUAGUUCUAGGCGAAGCAUCCAAUAGACCCGACGCCAACCCCUCAGCGCAGCCGCAAAGAGAUGAUGCCCUGAUUGAAGUCGAUUCUUCGUCAUCUGAGGGCUCAGGGUCGGACUUAGACAGCAUGACCGAUAGCGCCAGCUCCCCAACGCCCCCUCUUAGCAGUUCUGCGACAACUCCUGGGGUGCCCACCAAAUGGAGCACGGCACUCGAAUCGUAUAGUGCGGCAGGUUCAUAUAGUUCUCAUCAGACCGACAUCUUGCCUCCGCAUGCAACUUCCAUCCUGCUUUCCAGCCCAGUUUCUCUUGCGAACGCCAAGCAACUCUUGUUCCUCUUUCCUGAUGGCUCUGGCUCUGCUGCCUCUUAUGCAACUUUGGCUUCCUGCAUUGGGAAUGACGUCGCGGUCUACGGACUUAAUUGUCCCUGGCGAAAGGAUGCUGAGGACAUGACACGGCUGGACGUAGACAUGGACCUACUAGCAAGCAAGUUCCUCGCUGAGACCCAGCGUAUCAUUUGCAAGAGAAUCAUCCUCAUCGAUUCGCCGAAUCCGAUUGGUUUGCAGAAUCCUCCCCAAAGACUUUACGACUUUUUUGAUUCGAUUGGUAUCUUCGGCUCUAGCCCUGGCAAAAUGCCAGCUUGGCUCCGCAAGCACUUCAGCGCUUUCAUCCGAGUCCUUGAUGAGUAUAAGCCACGGCCACUAGCACAUGCGCCAUCGACACUCAUUAUAUAUGCACGGGAUGGUGUUUGCAAGGAUCUUGAUGGUCCGAAGAUUGAGAUACGCCCUGAGGAUCCGCGCGAGAUGCGGUGGCUAUUGAACAACCGAACAGAUUUCUCCGGUGAUGGCUGGGCCACGUUGCUCGGUCGGGAAAACUUGCAUAUUGAGAUUGUAGAUGAUGUCAAUCACUUCAGCAUGAUGGAUCCAGGUUCUAAGAGUGUUGAGAUUGGGCAAAUCACGGCAAGAUUUCUAGGGAACGCCAUUGCGUCCUGA